UCUUUGCUGCUCCUCCUGUCGUUCAUUUUUAGAGAGAGAAAGUGCAGAACCAAUUUCUAGAGAGAGAAAGCGCAACUUCCCAAAUUGAUCCAAACUACAUUCCAGGUUCCCAUUUCUCUCUCUUUCUCGACAUCCAUUUUGCCACGUAGCAUCGUCCAUGCCGUGUGAUCUGUUCUUGCCACGUGGAGUUGUCAUCGCCGUUAGUUCCUUACGUGUCGUGCUUUGCAGCUUUGUGGUUCUCUUGUUUGUGGUAUUUCUCGGGGAGUAGCGCCGCAAGCCAAAUUAAUCGGGUUGGAAUUAAAUUUGGCGGCGGGGGCAGAAACACCCCCCAAAUCUAGGGGCUUGUUGAGGUCUUCCUGCCGUCCGAUUAAGAAAAGAAAACCUCUCUCUUUUCGGAUAAGUGGUUUCUCUCUCUCUGGUUUUUGCCAAGCGGACGGCCGCGGAUAAUUCAACGUCUCGAAGGGGCGGACAGGUAGAGAGAAACACUGCGCCACAACAGGGAAGAAAACCAGAGAGAGAGAGAGAGAUUUGAAUUUCCGGGAAUUGAGGAUUGUUGGAGGAGAGAGAGAAAGAGAGGGGUAGUGAGAGAGGGAGUGAGAAGAGAUGUGAGUUUAGAGGGAGAGAGUCAACGGAAGGAAUGGCGUUCCAUAACCUGAGUCAAGAAAUGGGCGGAAUGCCUCACUUCAGCGAGCAGCAUUUAGGGGGAGAAAACGAGGCCCUCCGCACGAUAAUCUCCGACCAACUCCACCAUUCUCAAUCCGCCAUACCACCAUCCGAACAAAAAGAACACAAACUCAUAAUGGACCCAACCAAGCGCCAACCUCAGCCAAGGCCUCAACAGCAAAUAGGAGGUGGCGCCGGCGGCGGUGGCGGUGGCGCCCCUCCCACUUGGCUGAGCAACGCGAUCCUCCGUCAGCAGAGUGCCGGCGGGGCCCACUUCGACGACGCUAACCAGGCUGCUGCUGUGGGGGCGCGCAAGUGGUGUGGCUGCGCCCCUGGUUCGCGUUGCGUGCAGUGCAGUUUCCUCCACUUGCAGACUGGCGAUGAUGUCACUGCAGUCUCGAGUGACUCCAUGAUCGGAGGAGGGGCCGGGAUGUCUGGAGAUGUUAAUAAUGGGAGCGGUGAGUUAGUCGAGAGCGAGAAAAGUGAGGCCCAGCAGCAACAGCACCAACAGCAACAAGGGGGAGGGGGAGGGGGAGGGGGAGGCGGAGGAGGAGGCGGAGGGGGAGUGGGGGGGUGGGAAAGUGCGAGGUACAAGGCGGAGAUAUUGUCGCACCCGCUGUACGAGCAGCUGCUUUCGGCGCAUGUCGCGUGCUUGAGGAUCGCCACGCCUGUGGACCAGCUGCCAAGGAUUGAUGCACAAUUAGCUCAAUCGCAGCAUGUUGUGGCCAAGUACUCAGUGCUAGGGGCGAGCGGCCAGAUUGUGCCGGGGAAUGGGGAUGAUAAGGACCUCGAUCAGUUCAUGACACAUUAUGUUUUAUUGCUUUGCUCAUUCAAAGAGCAACUCCAACAACAUGUUCGUGUCCAUGCCAUGGAAGCCGUAAUGGCUUGCUGGGAUCUGGAGCAAUCUCUACAAAGCUUAACAGGUGUUUCUCCAGGGGAAGGGACAGGUGCAACCAUGUCAGAUGAUGAUGAUGACCAGGCAGAUAGCGACACCAACUUGUAUGAGGGAAGCCUAGAUGGCCAGGAUACCAUGGGAUUUGGACCCCUUAUUCCAACAGAGAGUGAGCGCUCCUUGAUGGAGCGUGUUAGACAAGAGUUGAAGCAUGAAUUGAAACAGGGCUAUAAAGAGAAGAUAGUAGACAUAAGAGAGGAAAUUUUGCGCAAAAGAAGAGCUGGAAAACUUCCUGGAGAUACAACAUCACUUUUAAAGGCUUGGUGGCAGUCGCAUUCCAAGUGGCCAUACCCAACAGAGGAUGAAAAGGUAAGGCUAGUGCAGGAAACGGGUUUGCAAUUGAAGCAGAUCAAUAAUUGGUUUAUCAACCAGAGAAAGAGGAACUGGCAUAGCAACCCUUCUUCAUCUUCUGCUGUCAAAAGCAAGCGUAAAAGCCAUGCAGGUGAUGACGAUGGCGACCGCUUCAUGUAGAUGAUGGCCAUCAUCAAAUUAAGAACAAGAAACAAUGACUGAUAAACACCUUUGGCUUCCAUACACCACCUUGUUGGGUGAUACAAUAUAAACAUAAAUUGAUCUGUACGCCCAUAUCCUUGGGAUCGCAAGGUCAUAUGAAGUUCAACGGGUACGGAAGUUACCAAUGAUUCAGUGGUAGUAAGAGUAAACAGUAUACAUGGAUCACUAAUAUAUUAGUGCAUUACUAUGAAGCUGGAUGAGAAAGAAACCCUUUCAAAUUUUUUAUUUUGGUGGGAUAGGUUUUGAUCCAUCACACACUUCUUAUCUUUGUGAAUAACAAUACAACGGUGUGGGUGUACAGUGUAAUAAUGUAUUGAGAAGGGAAUGGAAAUUUCAGGGAAAGGAUACAUUAUGUUGUUGUUGCUUGUGAUCCGGGUGGUGAUAUCCUUAAUGCUUUGUGCUAUGCAAGAGAAUAAUGAUGGAUCUCAAAUUCUUUUUAAUGAAUGUGCUUGAGUUAUGGAAUA